GCUCUUUCUUCAGUCUCAUCCACCAGCUCAGUCUUUUGGAGUGUUUCUGUGUCUGUGUGAUCAAUUCUCGUCACUGUUGUCUCUCUCACUCUUCACACACUCAACAUCAUGUCUGUCCAACUCACUCCCUCCAAGCAGGCUGCGUCCUCCCUCGAGAACCUCAAGAUGAGCGAUUCGCCCGUGAAGAAGCUCAACUUUGGCGCUGCCGACAAGGAGAACACCCCCUCCACCUUCGACACCGAGAAGCCUGUCGAGAAGCCCGUCGAAGCCCCCAAGGUCGCCCCCGGCAUUAAGGAGAUGGAGGCCAACGAGCCUCUGCUCCAGGAGAACCCCCACCGUUUCGUUCUUUUCCCCAUCAAGUACCACGAGAUCUGGCAGAUGUACAAGAAGGCCGAGGCCUCUUUCUGGACCGCCGAAGAGAUCGAUCUUUCCAAGGAUCUGCACGACUGGCACAACCGCCUCAACGACGAUGAGCGCUACUUCAUUUCUCACGUUCUUGCUUUCUUCGCGGCAUCGGAUGGCAUUGUCAACGAGAACCUGGUCGAGCGCUUCAGCGGCGAGGUCCAGGUCCCCGAGGCUCGUUGUUUCUACGGAUUCCAGAUCAUGAUGGAGAACAUUCACUCCGAGACCUACUCUCUGCUUAUCGACACAUACAUCAAGGAGCCCAAGCAGCGCACCUACCUCUUCGAUGCUAUUGAUACCAUUCCUUGCAUUGCCAAGAAGGCCGAAUGGGCCAUCAAGUGGAUCCAGGACCGCGAAUCAACAUUCGCCCAGCGUCUGGUUGCCUUUGCCGCCGUGGAAGGUAUCUUCUUCUCGGGAUCUUUCGCUUCCAUCUUCUGGCUGAAGAAGCGUGGUCUCAUGCCGGGCCUGACCUUCUCUAACGAGCUCAUCUCUCGUGACGAGGGUCUGCACACUGACUUUGCCUGCCUGCUGUUCUCGCACCUGAACAACCGUCCCAGCAAGCAGAUGGUCGAGGACAUCAUUGUUGAGGCUGUCGGCAUCGAGCAGGAGUUCCUGACGGACGCUCUGCCCUGUGCUCUGCUGGGCAUGAACUCGAAGCUGAUGUGCCAGUACAUCGAGUUCGUUGCCGACCGACUGCUGGUGGCUCUGGGUAACAAGAAGUACUACAACGCGACCAACCCAUUCGACUUUAUGGAGUCGAUCUCGCUGGCGGGCAAGACCAACUUCUUCGAGAAGCGGGUGGGUGACUACCAGAAGGCCGGUGUGAUGGCCAGCACGAAGAAGAAGGAAGAGGAGGAGACCAAGACCUCCUCUGGCGGUCUCAGCUUCGACGAGGACUUUUAGAUGAUGCCACUAUACCCGGUUGUUGGCACAGCCACGAUAUUGCUUUGGUUUAUGGGAUUUCAGUAUAGCAUGGGAUUGGCGUUGGAAGGUAUAAUGUUAAUGCAGUAUUUAGAUGAAUGUAAAUUGGAUGAUACUACUA